AUGAUGUUAUGGUUGAAAAAAAAUUACCAAUCUUCCAUCGAUCCUAAAAUUAAAGUUCCUUCAUUCAUCGGUUCAUUAUUCAAUUGGCGGCCUAAAUCAUUAACUAUUCCUGAUGAAUCAAAAUAUCAAAAAUACAUUGAUUCUAUCAAAGUCUCAGAUCUUAACCGAGAGAUGAUUAAUCACAUAAUUACGGCUAUUAUGAAAUCUUUACUUUUAGAUCUCAUGUCCGAAUAUUUAAACCAUAACACACCAGAAAUCCCAGAAAGAUCAUAUUGGCUACGGGUUUUAGAUUAUCUUAGAACUGGACAUCCAUUUAUUGAACCAUAUACUUUCUUUCAUUGCAUUCUUUUUAUAAUUCACACAAUUACAGCCUUUUCAGUAAUGUGGAAUGCUAAUUGUAUAAUCUAUGGGAUAGUUUUAAAACUUUUGUUAUAUAACGACACUGAUAAAAAUAAAGAUAAACACAGGAAACAACGAGAAGAUUCAAAAUCUCUUAAAACAAACAUCAAAGAAUGGUUAAUCCUUACAAUAUUCUAUACAAAACCUCUAAUGGAUAAGCCAUAUGUUUCAACGAGUCCUCGAGAUCUAUGGUCCAAUCAGUGGCAUCAAGUGUAUAACCAAGUUUUUCAAGAACUUGGAUAUCUUCCUGUCAAACAUUAUUUUAAACGCAACAAAACCAUUGGGAGCGCGCUUGGAACAUGUGCUGCUUUUUUGAUAAGUGGAUUAUUUCAUGAAUAUUUAGCAGCG